AGUAGCUGGCGGCAGUGGCGGCGCUCGGGGCUGGGUUGUCAGUCAGUGAGCGGAGGGGGAAGAUGGCUCGUCGGGACCCAUUCUGCUAGGAAGAAGGGGGGCAGGUGGUGCUGCUGACUCGGGAGAAAGCAGAGCAGCUGCUGUCGCUGUCUCUGCGAGCCAGACAAGUCGAGGUUCUGGAGGUGGACCUUGGGGAGCUGCUCUGGUUGAAGGUUUAGAACAGAUGUGGCAAGAUGUUCACGUCAGAGAAAGGGGUUGUGGAGGAAUGGUUGUCAGAAUUUAAGACACUACCAGAAACAUCUUUACCAAAUUAUGCCACAAAUUUGAAAGACAAGAGGUCUUUAGUUUCAUCUCUCUAUAAAGUUAUCCAGGAGCCACAAAGUGAGUUGCUAGAACCUGUCUGUCACCAGCUCUUUGAAUUCUAUCGCAGUGGAGAGGAGCAGUUGCUUCGAUUUACACUGCAGUUUCUUCCAGAACUGAUUUGGUGCUACCUUGCCGUCUCAGCCAGCAGAAAUGUGCAUAGCAGUGGAUGCAUUGAAGCUCUUCUUCUAGGGGUUUACAAUUUGGAAAUAGUUGACAAACAAGGACAUAGCAAAGUAUUGAGUUUUACAAUUCCAUCUUUAUCCAAACCAUCUGUAUAUCAUGAACCUUCCAGCAUUGGGUCCAUGGCUCUGACUGAGAGUGCACUAUCCCAGCAUGGUUUGUCAAAAGUUGUGUACAGUGGACCUCACCCACAAAGGGAGAUGUUGACAGCACAGAAUAGGUUUGAAGUGUUGACAUUCCUUUUGUUGUGUUACAAUGCUGCCUUAACCUACAUGCCCAGUGUUUCUCUUCAAUCACUGUGUCAAAUUUGUUCAAGAAUCUGUGUUUGUGGAUAUCCUCGCCAACAUGUAAGAAAAUACAAAGGUGUAAGUAGCAGGGUACCUGUUUCUUCAGGAUUCAUGGUGCAGAUGUUAACAGGGAUUUAUUUUGCCUUUUAUAAUGGAGAAUGGGAUCUAGCUCAAAAAGCAUUGGACGAUAUUAUAUACAGAGCCCAGCUAGAAUUAUAUCCAGAGCCAUUGCUGGUUGCUAAUGCAAUAAAGGCUUCAUUGCCUCACGGUGCCAUGAAAUCUAGUAAGGAGGGUACAAGGUGUAUUCAAGUUGAAAUCACACCAACUUCCUCUAGAAUAUCAAGAAAUGCAGUAACUAGCAUGUCAAUAAGAGGUCACAGAUGGAAAAGACAUGGUGAAGAGAGGCACAGAGGUGAUGAACCAGUUCGUGUGGGUCAUUGUGGCCAUGAUCACUGCAAAACUAUCACUACAGGAAGUGCAAGAAUGAAUUUUAAUUCCUUUCUUACUUUCCCUUCUAGCUAUUUAGGAGGACAAAUUGUAAAUUAGGGGAAAAAAUAAUUGGUCCUGAGGUUAAAAAUGUGAAAUACUGAAGUUUAAUUUUAUAUGUAUGUGUGUAUGUGUGAAAGAGAUUUGUGUAUGUGUCCAUGUCUGCAUUUAACUGAAUAAGAUGUGUACCCUGCAAUAAAAAUAGAACUAAUUUCUGGAAAUAUUGUAUAGCAAUAAAUUAUCAAAAUGAAAAAAGACUACUUGAAUAUAUUGUAACUACUAGAUUCCCACAUAUCUUCCAGAUUCCAUUUUGGCUACCACUUGAAGGGUUGGCACUGUGUCUUAAGGCUACAGACUCAUUACAAUAACCUUCCUUGACACCUAUCUCCCUACACUUAUUCAGCCUUCCCAACUCUAACACUUGGGCAACUCCCGUUUAUGGUAACAGAAAAAGUCAAGGAUUAGGAUGUAGAAGAGAAUGAACUAUAAAAAGCAAGUCAGGUGCAUGUAGCAGGUACAGAAUGUAGCUUAGUCUUGUUUGCCACUCCCCUGCACUGUGAAUUCUCUUUAUCCAAUGGGCUCUAAAAUAUUCCUAGUCCAAGGUCCUUAUUUAUCUCUACAGGUAGGUUACAUUCUCCCUUUUUAGCAUAGUCUUGGCUUUUCAAGCCACCUACAGAUUGAUGGCUAUUUAGAAGUCACAAUUUGAAAGUAAAAUGCAAUUAGAGAAGACUAAUAAAUAGAAUAAGGAUUUUAAAAAGCAUUAAGGUAAGACAAGAAUGUGAGUAGAUGAUGACCAUAACAAGAAUCAAAAUGAAAAUUCCAGAAAGAAAAAUUACUUAAAGCAGUGAAAUAAAUCUAUUAACUUUUAAAAUUAAUAAUAAAAGUGCAAUUUUAUUUUCUUAAAUCUUUAUUUCCUUUAAACAAUAAACAGGAUAGCCAAAAGGAAAGCAGAAGGUAUUUCUUUAUAAUUAUGCUUCAGUUCUAUAGUCAUUCUUAAGAGUUGCUUCUCUAGCUAUCUUUAUUAUCUCCCAUUUUAUCUAGAAGAGCCCUUUUUCUUAAAUCCCUGAAUGAUUCUCUAUAACAUUCUAGUAUACAGUCUAAACUUGUUUCCUUGUACUUUUCCAUCCCUUCUCCUCUUCCAGAGCAAUUCUAAUUGCUUUUUUUUUUUUUUUUGGUCUUUUCCCUACCACCACUACUGUUAUGAUUCACUUGUCUUCCACUUAAAAAAAAUUAUCUAUAUUUGGAAUGAUGUGAUCAACUCUCCUCCUUUCUUUUAAAAUAGUUGAAAUACUCCUUCCAUAAAAACCCUCUAAUUAAGUUAUGGUUGCAAAUAAUGAGUGCUUAUAAUUUUUGCCAACUGGUUAUCUGAUAAAAACCUUAUCUAGUGAAACACUAAUUCCUUAUUACGGCCCACCAUUUUUCCACUUGUGCAUUUGUGAGAUAAUGAGCCAAAUAAGUGAAAAGCAUUUGGUAUGCUUUGACGCACUACCUAAAGGCUGAUUGUUUAUUAAGAGCUAUUUACUUUGUUUUAUUAGCUGCACAAUAAUUGUAUUCUUUUUUAUUAGCCAGCUUGCUAUUCAGAUGGUCCUGUGAUUGAUUUACCCUUUCAUUGGCUUUCCUCAAUUUGAGAUAUUUUUAGUUUGAGUGUAGUAUCAAACAAAAAAGUAUAUAUAUGUUUUAUAAUAGUAACAGUUAGGGAUUUUUUGGUAAUUUCUAUAGCCCUGAAGUAUAGUACUCUAACUCUAUUAUCUGACAUUUAUGUCACCAUUAUAGGCAGAACUUUUUAAAAUGUUGUUUUAAUACCUGUUGUCUUAAUUCUAAAUUGACAUGAAAAUAGAAUAGAUUGAACUUGUAGUGUUGUUUAUAUAUGGUUACAACUGUUUGCAACAGCAAGUAUAACAAUAAAGGCAAUAUUUAUAAUCUAGAGUCUUUGUAUUUUGCCCUACUUUUGGUCCUGGUAUAUGUUAAAUUAUUUACUUUUAUCAUAUUGCAUUUCAUUAUUUUGACUUAGGAGAUCCAAGAGUACAGAAUUCUAAGUAGUGAAAAAGAAUUGAAAAUAAGAACUAUAUAUAUUUUUAAGUCUUCUAAGUUAGUAAUACCAAAUCAGUACCCUGAGAAUUUUAGAGUAUUUUAUUAAUUAUAUAGAAUGUUUAAGUGAAAACUCAAACAAAAUACAGUUCGCAGAGAUUGAAUCUAAAGAAAGUAAAGUUUCAUGUUGUUAUAGCCAUUUUAUUGCAUUUUCAGCAUUGUUUCUAUUUAAAGGAUGCCAAGGUAUUUAAAUAAAUAUAUGAUUAUAACAAUUCAAAGAGACUUGUGAUUAUGCUUUAAAAAAUUGACAAAAAAGGUGACUUGUUUCAAUUUGCUCAGUGGUUUAGUACUAACUUACUAGAUGAGAAAAAAAACAGCAUAAAUAUGCAAUUCAUGUUGGAAUAGUUUAUUUAAAACUGGUUAUUGAUUUAGAAAAUGUUAAUAAAUUUCUAUUAUAUAAUAACAUAUUGAUAAAACAGAACAUUACUAACUUUCUAACUGUUGAACAAAUCUGAAUAAUUAUGAGGUAUAUUUCAGUUAAAUAUUUUUGAAAAGCUAUAAAUAUUUCAAAAUGUUUAAGUUCAUCUUUCUAGGUACUACAGAAGGUAAAUGCCAUAAAUCUUGAGAUGAAAUAUUUAUUUUGUGAAUCUGCUUUUAUGACCUUAUGAGUAAAGCAUUAGGGGAAGAACAGUCUAAUAGUUACAAAAGCAUUUUGAAAAAUGCAAAAAAGGUCAUUUUAAACUCAAAAGUAGCAAACUUUAAAGAACGGGCUAUUGGAGUUUUACAUUUGCAGUUAGAUAUUUAUAAUGCUCAUGUUUUUAUUUAAAAGUUGUUUAUACUUAUUAAAGAAAUUUAGAAAAAUUAUUUUGAGAAGAUCCAUUAUUUUCAGACUAUAAAAUGCUAUUUGAGGAACAAAUUUUCCUUUCCCAAUAUAGAUGAUAAAACAUUUGUACCAAAAAUAAGCAUUUCCUUCUGACCAAACUUAGCAUUGCAUGAAUUUUAACUGGCAUUCUUGAUAUGGACCUUUUACUCAUGGAAGACAAAGUAAUAUAUUAGGAAAUAUUAGGUGACAAAGAAAAAAGACUAUUAACCAAAGAGCUAAAAUACAGUUGACACAUGUGAACAUUAGAUUUAAAGAGGAAGACAGUAGUCUCAGAAUCCUGGCUUAGCCAAUUUUAGAAGAAAACAAAAAAUCUUAAUCUACCUCUACGUAAAAUAAGAUAAAUAAUUUUCUAUACAGAGAAGCAAGAUAUUUCAAAUUACUUAUCUUAUGAGGCAAAAGCAGUUGUUUAUAAAUUAUUGUGUUCUACAUUUUUUACUAAGGAGGACUUACAUGAUUCUUGCUGUAGUUAAGGAACUUAGUAUUUAUUAUUAUAUAUUAGUGAGCACUACCCCUCCCCUCCACCUUUUAAGGAGCAUUUGUUACACAGUGUGCAUGGAAGAAGAAAUAAGCUUUUAUAGAUAGUUUUGUAGUAGAUGUUGCUUACUUAUUUUUGGUCUAUCUGAUCAGAAGGAUCUUAAACAUGAAGGAUUCACCUGAUCCAGCAGUAUCCAUAUGUUGCAAUUCUCGAUAAGAUUUUUUUUUGAACUUGAGACAAUAAAGAUGACAGACAUUAUCGAGAAUGAUUGAAUCCACCUUGAUGAGGAGAAUUGUGCAUUUACUAUAUACACAACAAAAGCUAAAGACUUGACUGUUCUUUACUUGAGGAAACUGGUAAUAGUUGCUAACCAGUGUGUCUAUAAAUACAUUGUUCUGGCCCAGACUGUGUAUUUUUGUGUGCCCCAGGUUGCUCUUUUCUUAUCUGGAAAUUCUUCUGGCUUCAGGACUCAGAUUACUAAAUCUUAGUUUUUGUUCAUGUCCUUACUCAGAGUACAGCCCCUUAACUGCCAGAAUCUUAUUCUGUGUUUCUCUGGCAGCUUUGCUUUCCUCUCAUCUGCCUUGCAAAUUACUGGCCCAGGCUGUGGCAGGUUACAGUGCUGUUCUUUCUAACCCAGGACACACUUUGUGCUCAAUAUUUUGUGUUACACAAAUGCAACUUCUGUUGAUUACAAAAAAGCACUAAUAAAGUACCCAAAUAAUUCAUUUGAGUACCUGUCAAUGGCUGCCCAUUGCAAUCAGAGCAAAAUCUAAGCUCUAUACUAUGGCAUAGGUGGCCCUAGUGUUAUGUCUUGCCUAUUGCUUUGAACUCAUCUGAAGACCACUGUCACCUUUCCUUCUAACCCUUAGAUUUGCUAAACCAGUUCUGCCUUAGCGACCUUGUACUAGCAAUUUGGGAUAUUUGAGCUGAGAUUUUCCAGCUUCAACUCUUUUCCUCCACAUUGUUGUGUAGCCAGUACUUUUUCAUUCAGAUCUCAGCUAAAGUAUCCCUUUCUCAAAGAGGUCUUCCCAGACCACCCAUCUAAAGUUGACUUUCUCUCCUACUACCCUGCUCGCUCUUUCCCAUUAUUAUUUUCUUUAUUGAGUUUUCCACUAUCUAAAAUUCUGUUGUUUACUCAAUUCCCAUGCUAUAGCGUAAGCUCUUUGAGGGCAGGGUCUUGGUCUGUUUGGUUGGCCAUUGUAUCCCCAGCACCUAAAACAAUGUUUGGCACAUAAUAGGUGCUCAAUAAAUAUUUGAAUGCAUGAAUGAGUGAAUAAAUGAUAAAUUUAUAAUACAGACUGAGCAAUUUGUUCUUUCUUUCCUUAUUUCAUUGAAAAAACAUGUAACAACAUGAUAGUAAACUAGGUGGAGGAAUAUUCACUUAUAAUCCGGGUACUUAAAAAGUUACCAUUUUUUUUUUACAGUUUUUUUCCUAUAUGUGUAUGUAUUUUUCAUAAUUGUGCUCUAUUUAAAUUUUUUUUGUUAUUUUGCUUUUGUUCAGUUAACAUUGUCAAACAUUUCCCCAGGUUCUCCUAGUAAGUCCAAUUAUUUUAAUGGCUACAUAAUACCACAUUGAGUUGAUAUUCCAUUAUUUACUUAACCAUUUACUUAAUAAGUUAAAUAAUUUGUUUCUAACUUUUUGCUAUUAUAGAUAACACUGCAAUGAAUAGCUUUAACAUUUGUCUACUGUUGAAUAGAAUAAAUUGUAAACAUGAAACUGAUUGGAUUAAUAUGAAAUUGUUCAGGUAUUUUAUGACAUUUAAAAUAUUUAUAUUUUAUAAACUGUAAAGGAAUGUAUAUAACUUUCCUUUGGGGUUUACUAUGAAAUACUUUUCAUAAUUAAUGUCAAAAUUAUGUGAUGCAGAUAUUUGAGGUAUAGAUUAAUUUUUUUAAAUGUCAGUUUAUUUUAUUGUUUUUAUGAAUAACUUUGGAAGAGCCUUAGAUCAUAACUAGAUUCCUUUAGACUUAUGAAUCAGUCUGAGUAUAGAGCUGUGUAAACUCUGUGAAUAAAUUGUUCCUUUAUUUAAAUUGUCACUUUUAGUCAGUAAGUCAGCUGUGAAAGAAUAAAAGCUAAAGCAAGGAUAAAGAGUUUCAUGGGUGACAUACUGGGAACAGGUAUUUGGGAUUAUGAAGUUACAUAUGCAAGAAAUGACAACUUUUCAGCAUCAGUUUUAAUGAUAUUUGCAAUUUGUUUCACUUUUUUUUCCCCUCAAAGCCAGAAGAAAUUUUGUAGGGGAGAAAUGAUUUGAGUGCCUUUGAGAACCAAUUUGGAAAUGUCCAUUAAAAGUAUUCUUUAACUCUCCUCAUUUCUGUAUAUUUUAUUUAUAUACAAAUAAAAUAUUCUCAGAAGUUUCUCUUUGGAUCUUUUUUGAACUUUUCGAAUUAUUUGAAAUCAAAUGUAAGUAUUAUUUUUUAAAAGUAUUGAACAGUUAUGAUACCUUUUACAUAGAUUUUUAAGUUCUAGGCUUUUAAACAGAUUCUAUUUUCUUAUGCAUUUAUAUUUCCUUAAAACAUUUCCCUUAUAUUUUCUUAAAGGAGGAAGUAACUUCCUCUUCUCAGCUGUGUAUGUUAUCCUUUGGAUAACAUGAUAAAAGCAUCACAGAUUUUUUUCAAAAAGCCUUUUUAAUGUUCCUGAGCAUUUUACUAAACCUGCAUUUAGAGACAGCAGAUUCACUUUUCUAAAACAGGGAGCCUUUGCUUUUCUUUGCCAUCUAAAAAUUCUCAAAAGCUAUAUAUUAUUUCUUCCUUUUAUCAAGUCAAGUAACACAUUCCCCGCUUACCCUAAUCAUGUCUUCUUCAUGUUCUUUCAAUUUUAUUUACUCUAAUAACAAUUUUGUUUCACAACAGGAGAUUCAUUCAGUGUAUCAAACAAAUAUUUACUGGGCACGUACAGUAUGCAAGAUACUUUCCCAGGUACUAAAUACACGGCAGUGAGCAGACGAAAAUCCCUACCCUCACGGACCUUACCUCUGGUAGACGAGAUACAUAAGUAAUUGUAGCUUAGAGAAUGAUGAAGUACUAAGAAGAAAAAGAAAUGAAGUAGGGAAAAAGCCAUAUGUAAUAUGGGGAAUAUUGAAACUUGAUGGGAUCAUCGGGGAAGGUUCACUGAGAAGGAAAGUUUUGAGAAAAGACCUAAAGGAGGUAAGCCAUGUAGCCCUGUGGGGAAGAACCUAGGCCUAGGGAGCAGUAAGACCAAUAAGAAGGUGUGUGUAAGGGGACUGGGUCACAAAAUUAUAUAGAGAAAGAAGCUGGAGAAAUAAUAGAGAGCAGGAUCACGUAACAGUUGUUUAUUACAUAAUUCUCUUUCUUUAUUCUGUAAUUUUCCUUCUUUCUGGCUCUUUCUAGCUCUGUGCAGAAUGGCAUGCUUUACUUUCUAUGAAUUUACUUUAAUAAGCAGUUUAAAAACUGUGCUUUUUACCAUUUUUGAGUGAUAUACAGUAAUUAGUCAAAAUUUUCGCUUGCGGGAAAACAUAUGAUCUCAUUUUUCUACCUCCCAUUUAAUUUCAUGAUUUAAAAAAAUUAAUAAUUUUUUUGUUUCUUGGGCUGCAGAUCUUCACCAUUAUCCCAGUAAAUAUGAUUAGCAAUCUAAUUGCUUUGUGCAGCUUUAUAAAAUAUUCUUGUCAUUUUCUGGUUUUUCUUGCAAAAUUCUAAAGUUUCACCUUUGCAGCACCAUUUUAAAUUAAUUUUCAUUGGCAUCUUUUAAAAAAUAAACCCAAUUUUAAAAAUAAAUUAACCUUGCGAGUUAUGACUUAUUUAGGUUUUCUUAGAGGUUUAUUUACUCUUGCUCUGUGUUAAGCCAAAGUAAAUUAUUUGCUUUCUGUGAAAUGACCAGGAAUCUAAGCAAAUAAGUGAAACCUAAUUGAAAGAUGUCUGUCAGAGGAUAUUUAACUCAAAUUGACCUUAAUGAAUUGAAGAGUUAGAAUUUAUAGUAUGUUAGAAUGGAUAUUUAAUGUCAAAAGGCUUUACUGUUUAGGUCCCCCAUUCAGUUGUUCAGCUCUUUCUGAACUUCAAUUUCCUUGUCUGUAAAUGGGAGUCCAAUUGCCUGCUUCAGAGGCUCACCAAAACACUGUUUUGAGGAUAUAAUUGAAUAAUGUAUGUGAACACUCUCAAAACAACUAUUUAGUGUAAAUCAAUGUAAGUAGCAUUUUCUAUUCUGUUAGACCUCUCAUGCUUAUCUUUUAAUAUUUUGUUAAAUUUUAACAUUCACGGGCUUUGUUAUAUCUGGGUAAUUUCAACAGUUUAUAAUUUUGUUUAGACUAAUGAUCACUUUAAUAGAUCUUUUGUGAAACUGCUUCUACAGUGUAAAUGGACAAGUCUUGGUUGUCACCCAGCAGUGCCAUGGUGAUUUUGUUCUCAGUUGCAGUGGCCUCUGGUGUUUACCUCAGUCAGAUUUUACUUGCCUUCACUUUGACGACAACUAUUAGGUCUCAUUAAACCUCUGUUAGGGAGCACAUAGAAGCAGCAGUUUGUUACUACCUCACCAACGUGCUGUGGCCUGUCUAGAAAAUAAAACUUUCAUUUAGAGCAUAUUUAGUCAAAAGUUUAUCAAGCAGUAGGUAGUUGUGAAAUUAAUAUACCAGCAUAAUGGCCCACCAACCCAGGGCAAGAUGAAGCUUUGAGGACCUUUGGAAAUACAUGUUGCUGCUGAGUGUGGAGUACCCAGGGCAUCCAUAAUAACUUGCAUUUUAUGUUUUCAAAAUGUGAAAGAAUCAGAAUAGAGCAGUGGUUCCUAAACUUGGCUGCACAUUAGUCAUGUGGGAGCUUUUAGAAGUCCCAAUACCCAGGUUAUACCUCACAUUACUUAAAUCAGAAUGUCUGGGGUGAGGGACAGGCAUUGCUAGUACUUAAAGAUGCACAGGAAUAUGUGGCUCUGGCCUCUAUUCUUUCACCUGUUACUGUUUCAUAUGCUUUAGCACCAUUAGUGAGAGCUGACAUCCUAUCGUGAAAAAUAUUUGAAAGUAGUAGGUAACAUCCCUCAUGCAGAACUGUGGUCUACAUUUUUUAAGAGUAUAUACUGUUUUACAUAGUCUUAUGCUGUUUUGACCUUUAACUUUCAUUACUUGUCCGUGGUAGAUAUAUUCAUGUUAUUUUUUCCCAUUCAUUACAGAUAUUUCUUUGACAGCUUUAAAUAAACAAUGGCUCUGUGAUUAGAGACAAAAUAAAAUGUCUACAAGUAUUAACUAAGAGUUUCAUUCCUUUGUUUUGAUUACAAAUGACCAUUUUCAGAAUAAAGGACUAAUGGACAAUUUGUUUUUCCAAAUCCACUUUUAAUUUUCCCCAGUUUAGUAAUGAACUGUUAGAAACUAGCCUAAAUUUGUGGAAUUAGUAUGAGUCUGAAGAAAUAGACUAUUUGAUUAUAUCACAGCCACAUUAAUAUUUACUAACAUACAAGAUGAUUGGUGUGUGAGGCAAAAACUAUACCUAUAGCAUUACUAACCAUAAUAUAAGUGAAUAAGCAUUUCCAGUAUCAUGGUUUAUUAAGGCAGCCUCAGUGUAACCUAAUAAAAGGAAUUGUGCAAGGGGAAUUCUUACGUGGCUUGGUUCCUCAUGUUGACAAUAGCUUGAGUUCUGGCUGUACAUCCUUGAAAAGUUGCCUAGGGCUUGACAUGUGCUCACAACAUUAGCUUAAAACAAUAGAAAUUCUAUUUUGUGUUAGAAAAACAUUUCUGUUUCAUAGUCCUUGUCAAAUAUGUGUGUGAAAAAAUACAGAACAUAAAUUGAUGCUCUGAGUUUUUUCAUUGUUGUUUAAAAUUAAAGAACAUGACUAUUGUCUCCCCUGCUAUCAGAAUAUUGUAAAUUAUGGGAAUUUCUACGGUGCAAAUAUUUGGCUAAAUACCUAACAUUCAGUCAUCCAGUUUUUGUUUUGUAUCUUUUGUUUUUCUUGUUUUGCAUUUUUAUUUUGUUUUGU